ACUUUACCCUCUCUCCUUCUUCCUUCAUCCUCUCCCGCUCCCCAUCCUCGCCCUGCUCGUUAGCUUUGUCUAUAUCUUCCCCUUGCUUUGGUAGCAUCGUAUCGCGUACUUAAAGAAGUAUACUACCUUUCUCACCUCUAUCUAAGCCACCAUGUCCACACCACUCUAGUCUGCACCUGAUCUUGAGCCCUCCACCCCAGUCGCUAGUGCCUCGGAGUCGCCCCGCAAGCGCAAGCGUUGCCUCGAGCGCGAGAAGGCUCGACGUGAAGCCGAACUUCGCCAACGUGAGAUCAAAGCUGACCAGGAAGACAACAAGCCUAAUAGCAGCGACCACGAGACCACAUCACGUGCCGUUACUGAACUGGGUGAAGAGUCCAUGUCCUCACCACCACCCCGCCGUCGCCAGAUCGGUGAAAAGACCCUGCCUGGCGAUGCCGCCCCUCCCGACCUGACCAUGGCCGCGCCAUCUAUGAGAGCUGGCCAUGGUAAAGGUAAGCAGCCGCGCAACUCACGCGCCCGGCCUGAUGACAAUGCUACUGAUGACGAUGACAAUGCCGAGGGCAUGCUUUGCAAGGUCCCCUGUCUGCGUUGCGCGAAGGCAAGCUUUGUAUCUGGUGAAGAUGAUGAGCCUAUUGGCCCGCAGCCCUGCUGCCGUCCCCGCGCGGGGCUGAAAUGCUUUCGCUGCACACGCCUCCACAAGUACUGCAUCCCUAUCCUCGCGCUAUUCGAGGCCGAGAUCGUGGCGCUGCGAACCAACCCGCCUGAGGAUGUUGAUGUUGUGGUAGCUACUGCUUCAUGGACCCAGCGUGUAACAACCUUCCUCCGCAAGGCUAACAAGGAGGGUGAGAUGCUGCGCAUCAUGCGCUCUCUCCUCCACCAUACCUUCGAGCUUCGUAAUGACAUCCGUGCUGCCAACCAUAUUGGACCCUGGCUGCCCCCCUCCGCCAAGAUCAUCUGGCCCGUGAUGGAUGGCACUGAGAAGGAUGACAAGGAGGAAGAGACCACCGCCACCCGCACUGCUGCUCGCUGUGGUGCCGCCGUUGAUAGGUUCCUUGAGCUAUAGGAGACUAAUGACUAUGGUAUUAAUAUCAC